AUGAGAGAAUUACUAUCAAUUCUCGCCGUGCUGGCAGUGACGGCGAACGCAUACUCCGGUACGUUUUCAACCGAAUGUCCACCGAAUGAUCUGAGCAACGAAGUCGUCCACAUCCCUCACGAGUACGAUUGCGCCAAGUUCUACAAAUGCGACAAUGGCGUGAAACAAUUAGAAACAUGUAGAGAGUAUUCAGGAAAUCGUAAACUGUACUUCAAUCCGGAGAAGCAAGUCUGCGAUUGGCCAUGGAACGUGACGUGUACGCUGCGGGAACCGGAUUGUCCUGCAGUAAGCGAGAAGGAAAUUAUGCUGCCUCAUCCUUACGAUUGCAGUUUGUAUUAUCAGUGCAAGAACGGCAAGACUGUUAACAAAUGUCCCGAGGAUCAGUACUUCGAUUCCGUUCGUAUGAUGUGCGCGAAGAAGGAGGAAGCGACUUGUUACCUUUACUGGGACACGUGUCCACCAUCAGAUUUUAACAUCGACGUGUAUUUUCCGCACGAGAGAAAUUGUAACGAAUAUUACAAGUGUGAAAACGAAGAAAUGGUCUUGAAACAAUGUCCGGCUGGAGAGGUGUUCGACGUAAACCUGAGGAAAUGCGUGUUUGAUGAAGAAGCAAAGUGUGAUUCCGCUUUGAACCCAGUACAAGCCAUCGUUUGUCCUUCGAUCGGUUCUAAAAAUCUUCCACACGAAAAGGAAUGUGGUUUAUACUACGAGUGCAACGACGGUGUGAAGACGGAAAAAGUAUGUCCUGGCGGUUUAUCCUUCGAUGCAGUAAAAGGUAUAUGUAGUUGGCCACCGAGUAGCACGUGUUCCUCAAAAGUGGAACCUUCUUCCGAAUGUCCAUCAGAGAAGUCGAACGAAGCCAAGCGUCUCCCGCACGAAUGCAAGUGUUCCCAUUAUUACGAGUGUUAUAACGGGGAAAAGGUAAUUCAGAGUUGCCCGAGUGGCACCAAGUUCGAUUACAUCAGGGAAGUUUGCGACAGUCCAGAUAAAGUGACGUGCAAGAUAAUGGCAAUCACACUAGCUUCAAAAGUUGGAUGUCCAGAAAGAUUUAUCCCUCACGAAUCCGAAUGUCAUCAUUUUUAUGAAUGCACAAAUGGCAAUUUGCAACUUGUAAAGUGUAACGAAGGGUUUUAUUUCAACAAUGCAAUAAAAUCGUGUGAUUUUGAAAAUGGUAAGGAUUGUGGAGGUAUAAAGCCUAUGACCACGACUCCUCGGGAAAUCGUAACUGACGAAUGUCCGCCAUGCGAGUGUGGUUUCAUUCGUUUUCCCCAUAAAUUAAAUUGCUCUUUGUUUUACCAGUGCGAUAAUGGUACAAAGACCGUGGAGGAGUGUCCUGAUGGUCUUCAUUACAAUCCCAGGAAACAGGAUUGCGAUUGGCCAGAUAAUGUAAAUUGUACUAUCCCGGUAUGCGAGGAGGGAAGCAAUAUGGUUCACGAAUGUCAAUGUGAAAAGUAUUACACGUGCAAAGAUAACCACUGGGUGCUACAACAGUGUAAAGAUGGAUGGGAGUUCGAUUACAUAGAUAAGGUUUGCAAACCUGCCGACGAAGCUCGAUGUGAACAUAGGCCUCCCACGGGUUGCUUUGGUCAAUGCCCCUCAACUGGUAACACAAUUAUACCCUAUGAAAAUUGCACGCAAUACUGCGAAUGCAACAAUGGUAAAGGAACUGUCGUUGACUGUAUCAAAGAUAUGUAUUACAACCCAGAGAAAAGGAUGUGCGAUUGGCCGGAAAAUAUACGAAAUUUGACCUGCGAUCCUUUCCCCUGUCCGAAUGAUGGUGUUAAAGUACCGCACGAAUGCUCCUGCGAUCGUUAUUACGUUUGUAGUAACAACCAGCACUACCGUGAGAUUUGCCCCAAUGGAACGGAAUACAAUUACGAAACGCGUAAAUGUCAGAAAUACGAGGAUUCUCAUUGUUACAAUGAACCUAAGCAAGACAGUGUCAUAGCAUCACAAAAUUGUAUCGGUAGUUGCCCGAAACUCGCACCUUCAGACAGGAGUUUUACCCUACCUCAUAAUAAUUGUACGAGAUUCUGCAGAUGCGGAGCCGGGGCUCCUUACGUUGUUAACUGUCCGCCGCAUCUUCAUUUCAGCGAGCAAGAACAUAUUUGUACUGAACCAGCUCGAGCCAAUUGUAAUAGGUAUCACGUGUAUGGUCAAGACGAACGUGACUUGACGAUGAGCACGGAAGAUAGCUCGUUUUUCAAACAUAUUCUACCUGAAUAUCUAAUGUUUCUGAUUGUUGUCGGUGUAACGACAGCGGCAACCAUACCACCUGAGGAACCUUUUGGAAAGGAGCUCACAGAAUGCAGAGGUCGCAAUAGCGCGACUAAUACACAUAAUGUUCGUCAUGAGACGAAUUGUCACCAGUUUUACAAAUGUUUAGGAGGAUACGGAUUCGUAAUAGAUUGUCCAACGAUAAAGAACGUCACAUUGGUGUUUAAUGAGGAGUCGUUAGUUUGCGAUUGGGAGGGUGUACCUUGUUCAGAUGAUCCCAAUGAACCACCAACUUCCAAUAAACCGCCAAGUUCCAAUAAACCGCCAGGUCCUAAUGAACCAAUUACACCGUCGCCAACAAACCGGCCACCGGGGGUUGGACCACCAAAUUGUGCAGAAGCUGGCAACCGAAACCAACCUCAUGAAGAUUGUGAUAAGUUUUAUUACUGCGAAAGCGCAAAUGGUGAGCCAUUAGUAGGCCAAUGUCCUGAAGGCACGCACUUCAAUGCCAUUGUUGCACAAUGCGAUCUAGGAGAAUACCUAUUGCUUUUAAUUGCCGUGGUGAUAGCAGCUUCGGCAAACGUUCAAGCGGAAGAGCAGAUUGGCAAGCUAAAAAAAGAGUGCAAACAUAAGAAUAGAUUUUAUUAUACGAAUAACGUUCGCCAUGAAUCGGAUUGUCACAAGUUUUAUAAGUGCAUAGGAACAUACGGAUUUGAAAAAGAUUGUCCAACGUUAAAAGGCGUUAAGUUAAUAUUUAAUGAAAAUAAGCGAAUUUGCGAUUGGGAAGGAGUAUCUUGUACUAAAACAUCAACAACUGGUUCGACUCAACCAUCUACAACUAUAAGCACUAUAGAACCCUCGACAACAGGGAGCACUGAAGAACCAGCGUCAACUACAAGUGUUACUGACACGACAACAACUAUUUCGACUCAUCAGUCGUCAACUCAAACCUCCACAGAACCCGGGUCAACAGCGAGCACUGAAGAACCAUCUUCAACUACAAGUGUUACAGACACGUCAACUACUAGUUCGACCGAAUCGACGUCAGCUCAAACCUCCACAGCACCCACGUCAACAGGGAGCACUGAAGAACCAUCGUCAACUACAAGUGUUACUGAUACGUCAACCACUAGUUCGACCGAAUCGACGUCAGCCCAAACCUCCACAGACCUCGGGUCAACAACGAGCACUGAAGAACCAUCGUCAACUACAAGUGUUACAGAUACGUCAACUACUAGUUCGAACGGAUCGACGUCAGCUCAUACCUCCACAGAACCCUCGUCAACAGGGAGCACUGUAGAAUCGUCAUCAACUACAAGUGUUACAGAUACGCCAACAACUAGCUUGACCGAAUCGACGUCAGCUCAAACCUCCACAGAACCCUCGUCAACAGGGAGCACUGUAGAAUCAUCGUCAACUACAAGUGUUACUGAUUCGUCAACAACUAGUUCGACCGAAUCGACGUCAACUCAAACCUCCACAGAACCCGGGUCAACAGCGAGCACUGACGAACCAUCGUCAACUACAAGUGUUACAGAUACGUCAACUACUAGUUCGACCGAAUCGACGUCAGCUCAAACCUCCACAGGACCCUCGUCAACAGCGAGCACUGAUGUACCAUCGUCAACUACAAGUGUUACAGAUACGCCAACAACUAGCUUGACCGAAUCGACGUCAGCCCAAACCUCCACAGAACCCUCGUCAACAGGGAGCACUGACGAACCAUCGUCAAUUACUAGUGUUACAGAUACGUCAACUACUAGCUUGACCGAAUCGACGUCAGCCCAAACCUCUACAGAACCCUCGUCAACAGGGAGCACUGAAGAACCAUCGUCAACUACAAGUGUUACUGACACGACAACAACUAGUUCGACUCAUCAGUCGUCAACUCAAACCUCCACAGAACCCGGGUCAACAGCGAGCACUGAAGAACCAUCGUCAACUACAAGUGUUACAGAUACGCCAACAACUAGCUUGACCGAAUCGACGUCAGCCCAAACCUCUACAGAACCCUCGUCAACAGGGAGCACUGACGAACCAUCGUCAACUACAAGUGUUACAGAUACGUCAACUACUAGUUCGACCGAAUCGACGUCAGCUCAAACCUCCACAGCACCCACGUCAACAGGGAGCACUGAAAAACCAUCGUCAACUACAAGUGUUACUGACACGACAACAACUAGUUCGACUCAUCAGUCGUCAACUCAAACCUCCACAGAACCCGGGUCAACAGGGAGCACUGACGAACCAUCGUCAACUACUAGUGUUACAGAUACGUCAACUACUAGUUCGACCGAAUCGACGUCAGCUCAAACCUCCACAGCACCCACGUCAACAGGGAGCACUGACGAACCAUCGUCAACUACAAGUGUUACAGAUACGUCGACUACUACUUGGACCGGAUCGACGUCAGCUCAAACCUCCACAGAACCCGGGUCAACAACGAGCACUGAAGAACCAUCGUCAACUACAAGUGUUACAGAUACGUCAACUACUAGUUCCACCGAAUCGACGUCAGCUCCAACCUCCACAGCACCCACGUCAACAGGGAGCACUGAAGAACCAUCGUCAACUACAACUGUUACUGACACGACAACAACUAGUUCGACCCAUCCGUCGUCAACUGAAACCCCCACAGAACCCGGGUCAACAACGAGCACUGAAGAACCAUCUUCAACUACAAGUGUCACAGAUACGUCAACUACUAGCUCGACCGAAUCGACGUCAGCUCAAACCUCCACAGCACCCUCGUCAACAGCGAGCACUGAAGAACCAUCGUCAACUACAAGUGUUACAGAUACGCCAACAACUAGCUUGAUCGAAUCGACGUCAGCCCAAACCUCCACAGAACCCUCGUCAACAGGGAGCACUGAGAAACCAUCGUCAACUACAAGUGUUACUGACACGACAACAACUAGUUCGACUCAUCAGUCGUCAACUCAAACCUCCACAGAACCCGGGUCAACAGGGAGCACUGACGAACCAUCGUCAACUACAAGUGUUACAGAUACGUCGACUACUACUUGGACCGGAUCGACGUCAGCUCAAACCUCCACAGAACCCGGGUCAACAACGAGCACUGAAGAACCAUCGUCAACUACAAGUGUUACAGAUACGUCAACUACUAGUUCCACCGAAUCGACGUCAGCUCCAACCUCCACAGCACCCACGUCAACAGGGAGCACUGAAGAACCAUCGUCAACUACAACUGUUACUGACACGACAACAACUAGUUCGACCCAUCCGUCGUCAACUGAAACCCCCACAGAACCCGGGUCAACAACGAGCACUGAAGAACCAUCUUCAACUACAAGUGUCACAGAUACGUCAACUACUAGCUCGACCGAAUCGACGUCAGCUCAAACCUCCACAGCACCCUCGUCAACAGCGAGCACUGAAGAACCAUCGUCAACUACAAGUGUUACAGAUACGCCAACAACUAGCUUGAUCGAAUCGACGUCAGCUGAAACCUCCACAGAACCCUCGUCAACAGGGAGCACUGUAGAAUCAUCGUCAAUUACAAGUGUUACUGAUUCGUCAAUAACUAGUUCGACCGAAUCGACGUCACCUCAAACCUCCACUGAACCCGGGUCAACAACGAGCACUGAAGAACCAUCGUCAACUACAAGUGUUACAGAUACGUCAACUACUAGUUCGACCGGAUCGACGUCAGCUCAAACCUCCACAGAACCAGGGUCAACAACGAGCACUGAAAAACCAUCGUCAACUACAAGUGUUACAGAUACGUCAACUACUAGUUCGACCGGAUCGACGUCACCUCAAACCUCCAUAGAACCCGGGUCAACAACGAGCACUGAAGAACCAUCGUCAACUACAAGUGUUACAGAUACGUCAACUACUAGUUCGACCGGAUCGACGUCAGCUCAAACCUCCACAGAACCCGGGUCAACAGGGAGCACUGUAGAAUCGUCGUCAACUACAAGUGUUACUGAUUCGUCACCAACUAGUUCGACCGAAUCGACGUCACCUCAAACCUCCACAGAACCCGGGUCAACAACGGGCACUGAAGAACCAUCGUCAACUACAAGUGUUACAGAUACGUCAACUACUAGUUCGACCGGAUCGACGUUAGCUCAAACCUCCACAGAACCCGGGUCAACGACGAGCACUGAAGAACCAUCGUCAACUACAAGUGUUACAGAUACGUCAACUACUAGUUCGACCGGAUCGACGUCAGCUGAAACCUCCACAGAACCCGGGUCAACAGGGAGCACUGUAGAAUCGUCGUCAACUACAAGUGUUACAGAUACGUCAACUACUAGUUCGACCGGAUCGACUUCAGCUGAAACCUCCACAGGGCCCUCGUCAACAGGGAGCACUGUAGAAUCGUCGUCAACUACAAGUGUUACAGAUACGUCAACUACUAGUUCGACCGGAGCGACGUCAGCUCAAACCUCCACAGAACCCGGGUCAACAGGGAGCACUGUAGAAUCGUCGUCAACUACAAGUGUUACAGAUACGUCAACUACUAGUUCGACCGAAUCGACGUCAGCUCAAACCUCCACAGAACCCUCGUCAACAGGGAGCACUGUAGAAUCAUCGUCAACUACAAGUGUUACUGAGUCGUCAACAACUAGUUCGACCGAAUCGACGUCACGUCAAACCUCCACAGAACCCGGGUCAACAACGAGCACUGAAGAACCAUCGUCAAAUACAAGUGUUAUAGAUACGUCAACUACUAGUUCGACCGGAUCGACCACUGUAGAAUCGUCGUCAACUACAAGUGUUACAAAUACGUCAACUACUAGUUCGACCGAAUCGACGUCAACUCAAACCUCCACAGAACCCUCGUCAACAGGGAGCACUGUAGAAUCGUCGUCAACUACAAGUGUUAUAGAUACGUCAACUACUAGUUCGACCGGAUCGACGUCAGCUGAAACCUCCACAGAACCCGGGUCAACAGCGAGCACUGAAGAACCAUCGUCGACUACAAGUGUUACAGAUACGUCAACAACUAGUUCGACAGAAUCGACGUCAGCUCAAAUCUCCACAGAAUCCUCGUCAACAGGGAGCACUGAAGGACCGUCGUCAACUACAAGUUUUACAGAUACGCCAACAACUAGCUUGUCCGAAUCGACGUCAGCUCUAACCUCCACAGAUCCCUCAUCGUGA